AGCUAUCAUUAAAUAAUUUCGCGAUGAUACAUUUCCUGACGCGUGCCUUAUCGUACGACUUCCUGUGCGUUGAAUAAAAAUUUGCGAUAUUGAAAUUCUUUACAACGGGAGGUACCGAGUUUAAGAACCGCAGUAAACGUUGAUAGAAUGGACGUUAAAGAGAUAUUUCUAUUGUUCGUUGCGGCGGUGUACGGAUACAAUAUAGACACAGACUUUCCACUUAUUUAUUUCCACGGAGACGCGUAUUCGACCAACAGUACUUACUUCGGUUACACGGUGUAUUUGUACCGCGAAUCGAGCAAAAAUGCAUCCUGGUUGAUAGUUGGGGCACCGCGAAGCAACUAUAUCACGGUCCCCGAACAUGGUAUCGUGUAUCGCUGUGAAAUUGGUGCCGAUGGAUGCGAGAAGAUUAAACCGAAAGAAAUCGUCAACGAAGAAGUCUACGUAGAGCAACUAAAGAUGAACGUUUAUAUAAAAAAACAACACGGUUGGUUUGGGAGUGCUAUGGCCAUGGAUAGAUCGAAUGGAUUUUUAACGGUAUGCGCGCCGCGGACGAUCCUGCACAUUUACAAUGCUUUCGAGAAGACCUAUUCCGACACCAUGCAGGGAAUGUGUUACAGUGGAAAUAUUACAUCGGGUGGCCUGUCGAUGGAGAACGAAGAUCUUGACUUUCACAAUUUCAACUCAAAAUUCUGGUACAAUCCGAUGCGUGGUUUUUCCAUUCAUUACGCCUCGACGAAGCCGAACGAAGACAAGGGAGAGAACGAAGUAAGUCGAAUCAUUGGGAAUCCCAUGCACGAGCUUUGCGGCACUGUCGACAUAGUGCGCGCAAAGAAAAGAAUCAGCAUAGAGUUGCCGUUAAACGACGAGUUGUCCCAGUUCGGUCAUAGCGUUGAAUCUGGUUGCUUCUUCGACAGAAAUCAAGUCCUUUAUGUCAGUGGCGCCCCGGGUUGGCAAUACGUGGGCCAGGUAGCGAUACUUAAUCCAGCGAUGAAUUCAUCAAUUGUCGCGAAGCUACACGGUACCGAUACAGGUGAGUACUUUGGAGCAAGCUUGGCCGUGGGGGAUUUAAACAACGAUGGCUUGGACGAUCUUCUGGUUGGAGCACCCUAUUGGGGGCAAGACAACGGCAAAGUUUGCGUAUAUCUCGGCACUUUGAAGGGACAAUUUGAAGCGGCUAUAGUCUUACAAGGAGCCGCAAAAGAUGGACGCUUUGGAUACGCGAUAGCUAGCGGUGAUCUAGAUUCCGAUGGAUUCGAUGAUAUCAUCGUGGGCGCACCUUGGGAAGAAUCUGGAGUGAUUUAUAUAUACAACGGUGGUCCCGACCUGAAAUACAACAAAUUGCAAGCGUCAGUACGGAUUCAAGGAACGAGUCUAUUUCGAUUAAACGGUUUACCUAUAGAGAGAUUUGGGUUUUCGACAUCCAAGCCGAUCGACAUCGAUGGAAACGGGUAUUUAGACAUUCCAGUAGGUGCGUAUAAAUCGGGCUGCGCUGUAAUACUUCGCAGUAAGCCAGUAAUAAAAACAGAGCUUUCAAUUCGCGUUACACCAAACGUUUUGGAAAGGGACGCCAAGCAAUUCGUAAUUCGAAUAUGUCCACGGUACGAUGGGUACAAUAUGCAAAGCGCCCUAGUUACAAAAUGUAAAAUCACAGUCACCGUAGACGAACAGUUCCAGCGGACUAAGGAGACAUUUCUAGAGUUGACAUCCUGUAACUUAACAUCGGUCGUCUGUUUAGAAACACGAGUCAAUAUUUCGGUAACGAUUAACCCUUGUAUCGAUAGUUGCAUCAAUUUUUUACUUAGGUAUACCGAUUCGACCCGAUACGCUUUACAGAAAAGUGUACGAGACUUUAUCGAGCCGAUUACUAUUUUCGCAAGGCACCAUUUCGUAUACAGUAAUGCAUCAUCCGGUAGUUUCUGCAAAUUUUGCGCAGUAGAAAGAAGCGAUAACAAGUUGAACGUUACUCAAAUUUUACUGCCUUUCAACAUCGGUUGCGGACCAGAUACGGUCUGCAACUCCAACGUGUCCGCCACUGCGAGAUUUCAUGGCGUGCGUGACAACGACGUGUGGAUCAUCGGUUCAACCGAUGUAAGCUUAGAAGUCAAUGUAAAGAAUCACGGAGAACCCUCGUAUCUCACCACGCUCGAGUUCGCGUUUCCCGAAGGAGUAAUAUUACAUUCAAUUUUAUCCUCUUGCCAAGAAGACACGUCUAAAGAGAAUCUAAUGGUAUUUUGCGAAGCAGGAAACCCUCUUUGGAAAGGAGAAGAGAAAAAUAUCACGCUCGACUUGGAUAUGAAGCAUUUAAUUAACGGCUCGUUGCACGGCCAUGAAUUAUAUUUCAACGUAACGAUUAAAACUCGUAGUACAAAUCAAGGAACAGUGAAUUUACGCAAGACGCUCAAUCUAGCAAGCGAAGUUUCUUUAUCUCUAAAUGGUAAAGCAUACGAAGAAACGUAUCAUCUGUCUACUACAAACAAUAACGCUUCGAACGUCAGCUUUCAACAUACUUAUCAAGUGUACAAACUUGGAGCUACGCCUAUAGAGGAUGCUCGACUUGUCGUUAAGAUACCAACAGUUAUUAACAGUUCGGAAUCUUUGGUGCAUAUAUAUAAACCUCAGCUUUAUGUAUCGGGAGAACGUUUCGAGUGCUUCUCAAAGAACAUUUUAGUAGAUAAUCAAUUGGUCGAAGUACAAAAAGAGCAACAGAGUGCAGAUCACGCGGCAUAUAAAAGAGACGUAGACGAAUCAAGUUCCGAAUUGUACGACGCAGAGAAUAUUCAAGUCCCGCGGACUUCGAAUGAAAGUCUGACGACUGAUGUUCUAUAUAUGAAUUGCUCGACUUCUGACGUAAACUGCACGAUCAUCGUGUGCGAUUUAAACGCGUUAAAAACAUUAGACGACAUUGGAAAGCUAUCGGUCAAGCUUUUCUUAAACGUUGAAAGACUUAAAGAUAUUUCUGACAACAGCGAAGUCGUUCUAAAGUUUGGUACCGAAGCCACCGUAGAAAUAAUAAAACCUGGCGUGAGACUACCUAUUAAUGGAACUCGAUCUACGAUAGAAAUUGUGACGAUGUUCUACAACAGUUCGAAAACGGAAAAACUAUCGCUAUGGAUCAUUAUCGUUUCCGUUUCGAUAGGUCUUUUACUGUUGCUUAUUUUCGUCGCGAUUUUGACCAUGAUGGGCUUUUUCAAAAGGAAAAACAAAGAAGAUUUAUCGAAUAACAAGAACACCGAGGAGGAACCGAAGGAGGACACGGCUACAAGUAAAUCCGAAGAUAAAUGAUAUUUACGGAAGGUUUAGAAAUAUUUCAACGUAGCGUCUAUCAGUUUCAACGUCUGUAAGAAAACUCCGUCGUAUUUAAUAAAGUUCUAUUUUUUAUUUACA